GCUUUCAGAAUCUUUCGGUCCCUAACCGAACGCCUUUUUAGCUGCCAAAGGUGAAUCUACUGCGAUUUUUAAAGGAACUGCAAUUGCAGGCACUGGGAAGUAAAAACAAAAGAAGAUAUUUAAUUAAUUCUUGGAAAGAGUGAAGAAGUAAAAUCCAGGAAAGAUGAACUCCGGAGAUGGCUGUGGAGCGAAUCGCGAGCUGCCGUCAACGUCGAAACGGCAAUCCGAAGACUCGGAGAAAGAACCUCCCAGGAGAAGAGUGGAAGCUUGUCACGACGCAUCUGGGGAAAUGAAACUCCUUCGCGCCGUCCUAUGCAGUGACCGGUGCGCAACUCUCGCAAUCUCAACGGCCGAACCGAAAGACCUUGGCAUGCAAGAUGAGCGAGGGUGGACCGCCUUGCAUGAGGCCAUCUGGUGGAGAUCUACAGAAGUUGUGAAAAUGUUGCUGGCAGCUUGGUCCAGCAGCCACCUCGGAGCCACACACCCUCUUCUCGAGAUACAGGACAAUGGAGGGCGGACCGCCUUACAUGUGGCUGUUAAUGGUGGGCGCCUCGAAGUGGUCGAAAUGUUGCUCGCAGCUCGCACUGACAUUAAUCCCAGAGACGCCAACGGACGAAAGCCCCUCGUAGACAUACAGAACAAAUACGGGAGGUCGGCCUUGCACGAGGCGGCAGGUGGGGAUUCCCCAGAGAUGGUGGCAAUGCUGCUGGCUGCAGGGGCUAAUACGCAUCUUCAGGACAAGUGGGGCCAGACUGCGCUUCACGUCGCCAUCAACUGUCCCAAGGAGCAGAUUGCAGAAGUCAUCUGCGAUGCCGAUGAUAGAAACGUUCUUCGGGAUCACCGUGGUCGGACCGUGUUGCAUUUUGCUGCAACAUGUGGAAUGCAAACUAUUGUGAGAAAACUUCUGUCUUCGGGGCCUCUUCGGAAAACUCUUCGUUCGGGAAAGGAAUCGACUUCGAAUGCGGCGGAAGGGGAAGGAAUUGCUCUCUCGGCGAGCAAGCAGGACCUGGUGGACGUACAGGACAAAUACGGAAUGACUGCCCUACACCUGGCUGCACAAGGUGGCUUCACAGAGAUUGUUGAACUGCUGCUCGCAGCAGGGACAGAUCCCCUUCUUCAGACUAAACGAGGCCAAACGGCGCUCCACAUAGCUAUCGAUGAGCACCGGGAGCACAUUGCAGAAAUCUUAUGUGGUGCCGAGGAUGGAAACCACGGGCAGGAUCAAUAUGGAAGGACCACCUUGCAUUACGCUGCGAGGGCAAAAUUCAAACGUACUGUGAGAAACCUGUUGUUUAACGGCGAGCAUCCUCACACGAUGGAUAACGAAGGAAGUUCUCCUCUGCAGUUGGCCUUCGUAGCCAACGGGGACAAUAGCGUGGCUGAGAUGAUCAUUUCUUUUAUUGCCUGGAAGGACAUUUCGGUGGAUUGGAAGAGUUGGAAUGCCCGUAGAGUCGAGAUCUGCAAGAAGCGAAUGGAAGAAUGUUUUUCGGAGAUCCGGCGAAUGAAAGAGACGAAAGUGCUCGGUCGCAAUAUCACCUAUUACGAUGUUGCGGCGAGGCACGUGGGGAAGGUGGCCGACUAUCUGGAGAGCCGGGAGUUCCGGGAUGCGUUGCUGGGGGGUGGUUUUGCGCGGGACUUCCCCAAUUAUGCAGACUUCAUCGACUUCAAAGUGAAGAAGGCUGAAAGGAGGAGAAUCUUGAGGGCUCCCUGCCUGAAAUGCUUCGAGACGUUGUUCGGGAGUCUCCCUCCUUUGCCGGGAAUGAUCCUGUACGACAUAUUAGCCUAUUUGAGUGAACGAGAUAUGCAGAACGUCCUCGCAGCUUUUAACUGUGAUGUGCCUGACCGGAGGGCUUUUGAAGCUAGUGGAGCUGUCCUCUCAUAGCUUUGAUUAUGGUUUGGUCGCUUUAAAUAAGAAACAGAGUUGUUUUCAUUCUGAAACAAAAUAAUUGUUUUCCUUAAUCCUUAAGACUAUCAUUUGUUUUAUUGUUGAUGUCUUUAAUUUGAAACAGUAUGAACCUGUUAUUAUUUACUCUACCCCUUCUAAUGUUUUGCAAUCAUAGUACUAACUAAAUAAAGAGAUUUAAUCAAACAGUAUAAAUUUGACUUAUAGAUGACCGUUUCAAGGAGGCAUUAGAUAUUCGCAGCUAAAUUUUAUCAUCGGAAGAUUAGAGUUAAAUUUUGUAAAAACAAAACCGUUGCAUGCCAAAUAAAUAUUUUUUCCAUAUUUGCAAAAAGUGGCAGGGACAGUUUUUAGUGUACUCCCUUCUCCUACCCUCUGGCAGAAACAACCAUCCCUGUUAAGUCCAUAAAAGGGCUGUCCAAAGGUGGUGCUGCAUUUUUUUCCUACAAAUUUGGCCCCCUGCCCCCUUUUGUCUCAAAGUGUCACAAUUCUUGCUCUUCUCACAAAGCUCAUGUUUUAUUAGCUGAAUGCCAUAACUACUGCAGGCCACAAACAAAACAAAUAUUUGUUUUUGUAUCUGUUUCUAUCUGUCAAACCGAAUUUCUCAAGAAAUUGACACUCAAAACAAAAAAAAAAGUCUAACGAAUAUGCGGGAGUUUGAAUGUUAAUAUCAACAUCUAAGUCUUGAUUCUCAAUAGCAUAGUUUUGGAAAAAUAGAUUGUGCACAAGUGUAUUGUGUGUUCCAUUGAUUUUACACACAUUGUUUUUCGAUGGCAGAAUCUGGUUCCUCUUUCUUUUUUGUAAAAUUUUGGUUUGCAUUUAAUCCUCUAUUCCUAAUACUCAUAAGUGUCAAUAAGUUUUCUUAAUUUCGUUAGUGUUUGUACUUUUUCUUUUUUUUUUUUUUUUUUUUGUAAAGAAUAAUUUCAUUUUUGUAAAUAUUUAUUUCCUGUUUUUGGUGUCAUUUUCGUCAUCUAGCUAGGGGUAGAGAAGAUGAUAUUUCUGCAAAUGCCUUUUAAUAAUUAUAGUCGGGGCCCGACUAAGGCUUUUGAGGAUACUGGGCAUGAAGUUCAUUCAUUGAACCCCCCCCCCCCCCACCCUUACUUAUACAAACUUCUAAUAAAGUAUUUUGAUACUUCACGCUAAAUGGGGGAAUGUUUGCUUCAACGAAAGUAUUAUAAUAUACGUAUGUUGUUGUCAAACUUUUGCCUGGUAACAAUAAGACAUAAAUAUCAAAAAUAUCUCUGAAAAGCAUUUAAAAUGCAAUAAAAUAUGGCAUAAUGUUAGGGGAGCCCUACCCCCCCCCCCCCCCCCCGAAAAAAAACCCCCUUCAAAAUACCCUCCUAGCAAUUUAAAUGCCGCAGUCUACCCCAUGACCCCUCCCUCCCUUUAUGUGGACAUCCUGGUUAAGCCUGGAGUGGUUUCGGGAUUUGUGAAUUUCAAGUUUUUUUUUUUUUUUGCUGGACUUAAUAUUUGGCUUUGCUAUGGCCAGGGUUGGCUUUCUGCCAGCAGAAACUACUUUUUGCCGUGCCAGUGGCAGGAACUGGUUAUAACCGGUAAAAACCGGCAGAAACUGGCAAAAACUUAAAAACAUCUUUAAUAACUCAAGUAAUUACUGAAAGAUAUUUGUUUAAGUAAACUAAAGAAGUGAACUUCAUUUCAUAAUUAAAAAAAAAAUAAAAUACUGUGCUAGUACCCACGAUUUAGUUUGGAAAGGGAACUUUGCUAUUGCAGAUGCUCGUAAUAUUUGAAUUAGUCUAACAAAGGACGGAAAAUCAUAAGGAAAGAGGAGUGCGAUACAGAAUUAAACAGGCAUUACUGACUGUAAUUUGCUCGCUUAUAUGUUUCAUCUGAAUUGCUUUGUGAUUGAAAUUAUCGUGAGUUUCAAGAAAAAAGUGCCAGAAUUUUACUUGCCCAUAUUAGCGUAGAUUUUGUAUCUAGUGUCAAAACUUUGCGGAACAUAUUGGCCCUAUUUCUCCAAACUUAUUUAUCCAGAAAAAUUAGAUGAAAGUUUCAUGAACAUUGCUUGUUCCUUGAUGCAUUGCCUGCUAGCUCUUCUGUUGAAGAAUAUGCUAAAGUUUCUCAUUUGCGCAUAUUAAAUCGAGAAAGUGUUUAGAUUUUAGAAACCAUCUUUUCUAAGAGUUAAAUGCUUUGGCCAAGCAAUGUAACAUUUGAUUUUGAAUUGUGUUAAUAUUGUAAUUAAAUUGUGCUUUGGUAACAAAUUCAUUAUCUUUUCCAUGCAUUUUCUAUUGAAUGUCAACAACUAUUUUUUUUGGGGGGGCAUUUUGUGAGUUUUUGCCAGUUUCUGCCACAAAUGUGGCAGACAGUGGUUUUUGCCAUGCCAGUUUUAACCGGUUUCUACCAGUGGUUUUAACCGCCUCGGCGGAAACUUGCCAACCCUGGCUAUGGUGCAAUUUAAAUUCAUUCCAUUUUUAAAACUUUGGCUUCAGAUUUGGUGCCCCCUCCCCUUAAUAUUGGUGCCCUGGGCCCAUGGCCCAUGCCUUAGUCUGGCCCUGGUUAUAGUAUACUAAAUUAAUGCAUUAUGCAACCAACUCUCUUCCCCACGAGUUUUCUGGUCAAACAGUUUCCGUAUCAUCUCAUGGUUGCGGAAAGAUAUAGAAAGGGUAAAUUGUUUCUGUCAUCCUGUUAAAAAUAAAGUCGGUUGAGAAUUGUGAGACUAUAGAGUUCUCUAUAAAAGAACUUGUAAUGGUGAGUUGCGAUUUUUCUAUUUCAUUUUUUCGUUUCAGAUGGUAAAAAAAAAAAAUCUAAAACAAGUGCAGCAAGCUGUGCACUGUUUCAGAAAGCUGUGGACUGUCCAAAUAAAUAACGUCAGAAAACGGUGAUGUCACAUUUUUUGUUACCCUCACCCUCAAAGGGUGACAUUAUUUGUGAGGGUACCCUCCUAACUGAGCAUUUCAGUUUACUUUUUUUAUUUUUUAUCCGUACAUUCCAUAAACCCUAUUUUUGUGGAAAUAAAACUUUAAACAUCAAGAACUCACAAAUGUUUGUGCUGAAGAGUAAUUAUAAUCAAUAUUAAAAAAGCAUAAUUUUGCAUAUAGUGGUAUACAUGGGUUUCAGGGUUACAAGGAAAAAUCAGUUGAGGACCCUCUUGGUAUCUCUCAAAUCUUCUUCACAUCAAUUAAUUUAUGUUUUUGCCUUAAAAACGAAGCUUCUUAACAUAUUUACAAUAUUUCACGAAAAUGUUGUGCUUUUUAUAUGUCGUUGUUUACCUUUAACUUGUACUAAUAAAAUAACUUUU